AUGGUCAGCUCUUCGUCAUUACCUCCGGAGCUACGGAAGCUCUCAGAUGAUGUCUAUGUGUAUGAUCCCAGCAUGGACGCGCCUGGCGACAGCCGCAGCAGCGCAAGCGAUCCCACAGCUGUUGUACUAUACACAUGGGCCGAUGCUCAUGUACGCCUGAUUCAGAAAUACUUGCAAGGGUACAAAGAUAUCUACCCGUCGACCAAAAUUAUUAUUGUCAUGGCCAAGACGGUGAAGACGUUUUUCGGCAGCCAAGCAACCAAUCAAGCCGUUGUGAGGGAAAUGGUGGUUAAGGAAUUGUGGCCACUUCAUAGCGGCAAACCAAGUCCGUCUUCUGAACGUCCAGAGUCUGUGAAAUAUCGGGGAACACCACAUCCCCGCAUCCUCAUGCAUGCCUUCUCGAAUAGUGGCGGCGUCAACCUGGAGGCGACUGCGUUGGUUUGGCAUUCAUUGCAACGAAGCGUGGGCCAACGCAUCGGUCCGCUACCCAUCCAAGGCCUGAUUCUCGACUCAACACCGGGUGGAUCCUCCUUUUCCCUGGAAUUUCAUCGCUGGACAGCCGGGGUCGCGUUGGGGUUCGCGUUUCUCCCCAGGCUCUUGGCGAAACUGGUCGCGGCCAUCAUCGUGCUGCUCUAUUUUGGGCUGCCGGGACUGCUCGGAAAGGAAGUGCUGCCUGUCCGUGGACGGAGAGUUAUCAAUUCGCCCGACUACAUACCAACAACCAGCGCACGGCUGUAUAUAUACUCCGACUCGGAUCCUUUGAUUGGCGACAAGGAUGUGGAGUCACAUGGACAUGAAGCUAAGGCGAAGGGAUAUCGGCAUAUUGAGUUGGAGAAGUUCCAAGGGUCGGGCCAUGUGGCACACAUGCGACAGGACCCAAAGAAGUACUGGGCGUCGAUUGCAAGAGCGGUUCAUCCACCUACCCUAGUCGUGCGGACAAGCCCCUCGUAUCUUCAGCUCCGUGCUUCCGCAUCCUUCUCGCUCGUGGUGACCAGUAGCGCACUGCUUCAUGUCCCCAAUGUCAUGCAGAAAUUCUUGCGGGCCGUUUCCCAUGACUCAGAGGCCGCGCCGAUCAUGAAAGACCCACGCGACGAAGACUAUGAGCCAAUCUUCGACUCGUCGGAAACUGUCGCAGAGGCCAGGGAGGGGAGGGCACAUGGAGUCGCAGAGAUCGAGGCUUUGGCAACCGUGUGGUCGACCAAGGCUCUCCAUAUCGGAUAUGCUUUAGUAUUUGUCAUAUUUUUCAUCAACUCUUUCCAACAGGAAACGACGGGUAGUCUCUCCCCGUACGUGUACUCCAAGUUCGCCAAUCAUUCUUUGGUGUCAAGGACGAAUGUCCUGACCAAUGUCGUCGGCGGGGUGGCUAAACUGCCCUGUGCCAUGUUGAUCGACGUCUGGGGCCGUCCGAAAGGGUUUGGGAUUAUGACUGGCCUAUGCACCCUGGGGCUCUUCCUGAUGGCGAUUUGUGCAAACGUGGAAACCUAUGUCACCGCUCAGGUUAUAUAUUGGGUGGGAUACAACGGAAUGGACUACGUCCUCCACAUCUUUCUCUCCGAUACCACGGACUUGGUCAACCGAUCGUUCGUGUAUGGCAUGGCAUCAACACCGUAUGUUGUCACCACGUUUGCCGGACCUGCAGCCGCGCAGUCGCUUUAUGAAAAAGGAGGUUUGUGGUGGGGCUUUGGAAUAUUCGUCUUCCUCACUCCACUUGUAACGGCACCCUUCAUGUGGUUACUCUGGGCCUCACUCCGCAAGGCGUACGCUGCGGGGCUGAUCCGGAAGAAUCAUAGUCAGAGAACGUGGACACGAUCUAUCAAGCAUUAUUUCAUUGAGUUCGAUACGAUUGGACUCUCGUUAGUAACAAUAGCAUUUGUUUUGAUGCUCCUGCCAUUGACGCCAACCUCACAGCCUAGCAAUGGUAAUAUGUCCUUGCUUGAUAGAUGGAGAUCGCUGGAUACUACAGCAUCGCUUUCUCUCGGCGUGUUUGUCUUUAUGGCAUUUGUGCUCUGGGAGCGCUUUUGCGCCCCAGUCUGCUUCCUACCGUUCAGUAGGCUCAAAGAUCGAACGUUGCUGGGUGCUUGCUUUCUUGCUGCUUCCCUUUUUGCCAGCUUCUACUGCUGGGAUCUUUACCUUGCUUCCUAUCUCCAGGUUACCUUCAACACCAGCAUCCGGGAGACGGGCUACAUUUACAACAUCUAUACCAUUGGCACAUGCCUUUGGUCGGUACCGCUGGGACUGAUCAUCCGUAAAGUCGAUCGCCUUAAGUGGAUCGCUCUAGCCGCCAUGCCAUUGAUCUUUCUCGGGACGGGACUGAUGAUCCACUUCCGAUCACCUCAAAGUCACAUCGGAUACGUCGUCCUUUGUGAAGUCUUCAAGGCCCUGGCGGGGGGCACCCUGGUAAUCUGCCAGCAGAUGGCAGCGAUGGCCACCGGCGGCCAUGAGAGUGUCGCUGUCUCCUUCGCGUUGGUCGGGUUGUUUACCAAACUGGGCGGAGGCAUCGGAUCUGCGAUUUCCGGUGCAAUCUGGACAAAUACAGUCCCCGUCUAUCUGGAAAGGUACCUGCCUCCAGGGAAGAAACACAAGGCGGCCGAGCUCUACGGGUCGAUUGAGGACGUCCUCUCGUACCCGAUCGGGACUCCAGAGCGGGAUGCUACCAUCCUGGCGUACGGAGUCGCUCAGCGACGGAUGCUGAUCGCUGGUCUUUCCAUCCUACCGCUUGCUGUUGCUUCUAUCCUGAUGUGGAGGGACAUUCGCUUAAAGAAACUUAAUCAGGUCAGGGGUACUGUCUUCUGA